AGGGCGUGGACGUGCUGGACGCAGAGGGGGCGGUGCUUCGUCUCCCUUCGGACCUACUCGUUCCUUUCGCCCGGUACGUGGCCCGCACGGAGGUCUCCCAUUUGAAGCGGUACGAAGUUUCCAGAAUCUUCCAUGGCCCCGACCAGGGGGCGGGGCACCCGCAGGAAGAAUGGGCCGCGCAAUUGGACGUCGUCUGCGACGGCCGACACACGCCAGGACAGGGGGAGAUCUUGGAGGCAGAGGUGGUGUGGACAGCAGGGCAGGUGGUGGAAGGUAUCGUAGGCCGACCGUACGUGCUGCGUUUGAACAGCGCGCCUUUAUUGCAGGGGACAUUGGAGCUUUUG